GAAAAAGAAGAGAAAUAUACUAUAGAUAUAUUCCCUUUGCGAUCCCUCCAUAUUCCACACAUCUGGUACUUAUAUUAUUAUAAACCCCCCAAUCGCAGCCGUUCCUCAUUCCAGCUAUUCCGCGAGGAAGCUACAUACAGCGACAAAAACACAAGAAGGAAAAGCAAGAAAUCCGAGGAACCCACCUGUCUCGUGCCCUGAAACUCUCUACCCAAGGAUACUACCUGCGCGCUGCUACCAAAAUAUUCGAUACGCCUGCCACGGUGGGAGGACACCUCAGUCCGAACCCGGUACAUAUACACAGAUAGGCCACGCAAGAUGAGUUUCCCAGGCCUCGGCGGGGGAACCUCCGCAGCUGCGUCAUCAGUGGCAGCAGGGAUGGGAAUUGGAGGAGCCAGUACAGCGGGAAUGAGUGAUCAGGAGGCGGCGAUGGUGAAGACUAUCCAAGCAGCAAUGGAAUCCUGUCCCGUCAAAUCCGUCAUGGCGGGCGGAAUGGGCUUCGCGCUCGGGGGUGCCUUUGGUUUAUUCAUGAGCAGUAUGUCCUACGACACUCCCUUGACCCCUCAAGGCCGUGAACUCUCAUCGCUCCCCGUCCGCGAACAGCUCCGCCGCGGCUUCAAAGACAUGGGCAGCCGCUCGUACAGCUCCGCAAAGAAUUUUGCCCUUGUUGGCGCCAUGUUCAGCGGGACGGAAUGCUGCAUUGAAGGGUUGCGUGCGAAGAAUGACCUGGCGAAUGGCAUUGCGGCCGGGUGUAUUACGGGGGGAGUAUUAGGGGCCAAAGCAGGCCCUCAGGCGGCGAUGUUGGGGUGUGCUGGGUUCGCGGCGUUCAGUGCGGCGAUUGAUGCGUGGAUGAGGCAGCCGUCGGAUUGAGGGAAGAGGCGGGUAUGCAGGGGAGACAUUGAUAUUUCAUUUAUUUUCGUUCUCUCUUUCGGGCGUUUUGUUUGGGCGGGAUAUAGAGAUACGGCUUUUUUUUCCUUCUCUUGCUUUGCGUUGAUAGAUAAUUUUUGCUGGCUACUGGUGGGCGCAUUUACUGGCGUUCUUUUUUAGUUUGCUUUUCCGCGAUUUUUGGUAGGAUUUCCUGGGUCCAUGGUUCUUGAAUGAUCGGGGGAACCUUGGAAAGAUGGAGAGAUCCCGAGAUCCAGUUUGUGGCACUGACAUGAGAAAGAUCUCGACUCCCAGAUAUUGAUGGAUGUCCGGAGAUGGAGAUGGAGGAAGGUGGCUUCUAGCUGUAUCUACGUACGCGUGUAUGAUAGGAGAGUCGAACGAUUCGCAAAAUACAAGAGAGGAAGCAUAUUGGAACAUCG